UUAAGAGGAUGUUGAACCGGGAGCUAUCUCACCUGUCAGAGAUGAGUCGUUCAGGGAACCAGGUGUCUGAAUACAUCUCCACUACCUUCCUGGAUAAACAGAAUGAGGUAGAGAUCCCGUCUCCGACCCUGCGGGAGCGGGACCGGGACAAGCCCAUGUGUCAUAUCAGUGGAGUGAAGAAGCUGACACACAGCUCCAGCCUGUCCAUCAACACCACCAUGCCACGCUUCGGAGUCAAGACUGAACAGGAGGAUGCACUGGCCAGGGAGCUGGAUGACUUGAAUAAGUGGGGCCUUAAUAUCUUUCGUCUGGCUGAGUUCUCCAAUAAUAGGCCUCUCAGCUGCAUCAUGUUCGCCAUCUUCCAGGAGAGGGAUCUGUUGAAGACGUUUCAAAUCCCUGUCGACACCUUCGUGACCUACGUUAUGACCCUGGAGGACCACUACCAUGCCAACGUGGCCUACCACAACAGCCUCCACGCCGCUGACGUCACACAGUCCACCCACGUCCUGCUGUCCACACCGGCCCUGGACGCUGUGUUCACUGAUCUGGAGAUCCUGGCUGCGUUAUUUGCUGCUGCCAUCCAUGAUGUGGAUCAUCCUGGCGUGUCCAACCAGUUCCUCAUCAACACCAACUCGGAGCUGGCUCUGAUGUACAACGAUGAGUCAGUCCUGGAGAACCACCACCUGGCCGUGGGCUUCAAGCUGCUCCACGAGGACAACUGUGACAUCUUCCAGAACCUCAGCAAGAGGCAGAGACAGAGCCUGCGCAAGCUCGUUAUCGAUAUGGUUUUGGCGACAGAUAUGUCCAAGCACAUGAGUUUGCUGGCUGAUCUGAAGACCAUGGUGGAGACGAAGAAGGUGACCAGUUCAGGAGUGCUCCUGCUCGACCACUACACUGACCGCAUCCAGGUGCUGAGGAACAUGGUGCACUGUGCGGACCUAAGUAACCCCACCAAGCCCCUGGUCGUGUACAGAGAGUGGACUGAGCGCAUCAUGGAGGAGUUCUUUAGACAGGGGGACAAGGAGAGGGAGAGAGGCAUGGAGAAGCCCAUGUGUGACAAACACACUGCUUCUGUGGAGAAGAGUCAGGUGGGCUUCAUCGACUACAUUGUGCACCCUCUGUGGGAGACGUGGGGGGACCUGGUGCACCCUGAUGCCCAGGACAUCCUGGACACUCUGGAGGACAACAGGGACUGGUACCAGAGCACCAUCCCCCAGAGCCCCAUCUCCCCACCCCCAAUCCCCCUCGGCCCAGACAAGAGGCUCAACGCCUGCAUCGACAAGUUCCAGUUCAAGCUCACCUUGGAUGACGACACGGAGGGAGGACAGGAGGAGGAAGAAGAGGAGGAGGAGGAGGAGGGGAAAACCACCCCCAAUCACAUGGUGCUGGACUGCAGUCAGGGAGAGGAGGAAGACAAGAAAGAAGAGGAGGAAGGAGAGGAUGUGGUAAAGGAUGAAAGGGAAGGAGACAUCAUGAGGAGGAAGGGGAAUUAGGGAUGGAGGAGGAGGAAGAGAAGAGGGGAGUUCUUCAGAAAGCUCAGUCAGGGGUGGAGAUACACUCUGACACAAGCCCCGUGGAGGACUGAGGAGGAGGAAGACUCCUCCUCACCAGCUGAUGACACAUGAGUUCCGCUCCUCUCUCCCUGGCCACACCCCACAUGCACACACCACGCCCCUGUUGUCCAUCCUUUAUUUCCAAUGGCCAAAACCCAAUAUCAAAUAAGACUACAUAGACAAUAGACCUAUAAAUCUAUUUUUCAAAAAGGGAACACAAAUAAUAUUGCUUAAAGAAAAGCUAUUUACACAGCAACUGUAGAUUUGGAGCUGGAGGUGUUUCUUCCAGCUGAUGCUUGAGGAACUGCUAUGAGGACAAAGAGGAACAUAGAGAAGCAUUAAUAAUGGGCCAUUGAAGACAGUGUAGCACUGGAACUGAAACACACACACAUAAACAUGCACAAACUCACCUCCACACACAAACACACCUCACUCACACACUUUGAUUCAUGGAAAAAAAAACUCUGAAGUCUACACACGAGAAUGUGUGUGUUUGUGUGUGUGUUUAGAGGAAUCUGAUUGGUAACGAAUCUCUUUGGAAAAAGCCAUCUCUAUAUGGAGUAUUAACUAGCGUCAGUCAGUAUUACUAGUUCAUGUUUGUUAGAAUUCAACAAGAACUCUGUUUUUUUCAGAGUGACUUAUUUUCCAUUUCUGUCGGAAAGAAAACUACAGAUAUCUAUCUAUAGAGGAGGAGUGGAGCGAGAAAAGAAGAGAGGAUUAAGUUUAAUAAAGAAAGGAAGAUGCUGUGAUGAGGGGACCUGAGGGUCCCGCCUCCAUUUUCCCAUUUUCCCUUUAUGAAGAAGUGCUACUGGUACAAGAUGGCUGUGUGCCUUUCUGGAAACACCAGCUCCUGAAACAUGGAGCUGUCGUGAAGCAGUGCAUCAUGGGACAGGAGUGUCUGCUUUUGUCUUCAUUUUAGAUUGUCUCUUGUUCAAAUAUCUAUUGUAACUGUUAAUGAUUUAGUGUGUGUGUGUGUGUGUGUGUGUGUGUGUCACAUGCUCAGUAUGUUUCUGUGGUGACAGGUUUUCAGCUGUAAGUCUUCCUUUGUUGCUUUUCAAGUUGAUGAGACGUUUCAGAACUCGUAGAUAAGGAGCAGUCACUACCACUACAUCACCACACCUGCUGCUUGUGGACUCUCCAGUUUUUACAUAUGAAAAUGAUUUUUCUUUUUUACUUUCUGAGGAUAAGCCAUGUGAUACUUUACAGUAUAUGUUCUGCCUGUUUUCUAUUUUUAUUGUUUUUGCUAAAUAUGUUUGAAGGAUUAGGAUAAUAUCAUCAGCAGCACAAAUUCACAUUCUGUCUCUUACCCACUCACACUGUAUUUAUUCACCAGUCUCUUCUCACUUACUGCAUCAGUUGUCACCAAAGCAACAGAUUGGAAACUGAUGAGGAGAGAUGCUUUGACGGGGCAGACUGAGAGGAUUUUGUCAGGGUGAUUUUAGGAUUGGAGGGAAUCGAAAGAACGAGCUUGACCAGAAAGGAGGCUGUUCAGACAGUCACACACAGCCAUUCUUGUUAUGUUUUAAGCUUUUCUGCCUUAAUGUCAAAUGCAGGAUACAGACCUGCAACUAUGUAGAUUUAUAAGAUAAAUUCUAAAUAUCCUAGUAUAUUUAUACCAUGUCUGUAUGCCUCUAUCUGUGAGUGUCUGUGUGUCUAUACACAAUGUACCCAGCAUCAGCAUAUGGACAGGAACAUUUUAUGGCCAAUAUUAUGAAUGUGUUAUGUCAGUUACGAGGGCCCAAUAAAUAGGCCAAUUUAGCUCCAGGGAAUGCAGGUCAAAUGAGUGGUAAACAUAUAGCUGUUGCAGACCGGAUGUCGAGUAAGUAUAUUUUCUCACAAUACUUUUUCUGGUUGAAAAUAACGUCUGUCUUGGGCUGAGUAAAUGUCUGAUGUUAUGUUGAGAAAGAGAGACAGAGAGAGAGAGA